AGCAGAUUGUGGUUAUAUUUAUCUAUGGAGAGGGGCAGAAGAGCCAAAGCAGUAGAUGUGUGCCUGUAAUUCUCUCUACUCACCCCAUUCUGCCAAUUAUUAAGUAUUUUACAUGCCUUGUGUCUUGCUUUUGCUGUUCUUGGGUGUAAUUUUUCAUUCCCUUUGCUAUUUUUGUUUUCAGUGUGGUUCACUGCUUAAUAAGUGAGAUGUAUUUUGCUUUUCUCCUAAAACUAAUUGUAAGAUUUCCUUUGAGAUGGACCCGUAUACAUUUCGCCUUUCCCAAGUCCCAGCAGAAGAACCAGUUGGUUUUGCCCCAGUGGAUCAGCUCAGUGCCUUCUCUGGGAGAAGAUGCAUUUGGUCAGCCUCCAUGAAAGCUUCAGUAGAAGUGACUACUCUGUUCAUGGACAUUGAGGAGUACAACAGGCGGAGGUUUCGUUCCGAUGCUCUUCCUUUGGGAGAGCGUCCCUGGCAGACUCUGUUCCAGCUGGGAGAGGCCGCUGAGAGAUGGCUAAGACCACAGGAUCGCACCAAAGGACAGAUUGUGGACGUGGUCAUCUUGGAGCAGUUCCUGCAUGUGCUUCCUUUGGGAAUGCAGGCUUGGGUGAGAUCCAGGAAGCCAAGUACCAGCCAGGAGGCAGCUCAGCUGGCUGAAGCUUACCUGGAGCAACAGUGCCCUGUGGCUUUCCAGGAUGUGGCUGUAUACUUCACCCCAGAGGAGUGGGACCUUCUGGAUAAUGAACAAAGAAUCUUGUAUUACAUGGUCAUGCAAGAGAAUUCUGAGAACGUGACCUCCUUAGAGCUCUUAAUUUCCAAACCAGAUCCAUGUCUCCAGCUUGACUGGGAAGAAAUAUCACAGAUGACUGAUCUCCAGACAUUGAAAGAAAAAGACACUAUUGAUCAAGGGGUUGUAAAUUUUGAGGACCUAACUGUGGUUGAAAAUGUGGAUACAAGAAAGAAUCCUCAUCAAGAGAAGCCUGGAGCAGAGCAAUUUCAUGAACCAUUGCGGUGGAAUGUUUCCUUUGAUCCCAAACAUUCUGAAAAAAUGGGGAUCAAAUCCAGAAGGCGGCAGGAGUUAUCACUGGAAUUAUCACAAGCUUUUAAGGCUAACAAGAAAAUACCUAGAAGUAGCUCCCGGUUAGCUACUAUUGCAACAAGAAAAAAAUAUGGAUGCUAUGAGUGUGGAAAAAGGUUUGAUCAGCCAUCACAAGUUAUUAAACACCAGAGGAUCCACACAGGAGAGAAGCCAUAUCCGUGUACUGAAUGUGGGAAGCGUUUUAACAAACAGUCCAAUCUUAAUGUCCAUUUACGUCUGCAUCGUGGAGAGAAACCUUAUAGCUGCCCUGAUUGUGGCAAAAGAUUCAAUGCCAAAUAUCAUUUACGUGGACACUACAGGAUACACACAGGGGAGAAGCCUUAUGUAUGUGAAGACUGUGGGAAGAGAUUCCCUGUUAAAUCUUCUCUAAAUAAACACCAACGAAUCCAUUCAGCAGAUCCCAAGCUGUCCAUACCAUCUGAGAUCAAAUCAGAAGGCAAUACCCAGGCAGUAUUACCAGAAGUGAUACAGGUGUGCACAGUUCCUGAUACAGAAAAAAUAGUGAAAAUUAUCAGCACCAAUUCCCCAAUAGGGAUAACAGUGUCAAACAGGAAUUACGUCUGUUUUGAAUGUGGAAAAUGUUUUGAGCGGCCUUUACACCUUACUAAACACCUGAGGAUUCACAAAGGAGAAAGGACAUACCCAUGUAUUGAAUGCGGGAAACGUUUUAAUAAGCAAUCUAAUCUUACUGUCCAUUUACGUCUCCACACUGGAGAGAAACCUUAUGGCUGUCCUGAAUGUGGCAAAAGAUUUUGUACUAAAUCUCAUUUACUUGGACACUAUAGGAUGCACACAGGGGAGAAGCCGUAUGAAUGUGAAGUCUGUGCGAAGAGAUUCCCUGUUAAAGCUUCCCUAAAUAAGCACCGCCGAAUCCAUACAGUAGACCCCAAGCUGUCCAAACCAACUGAGACCAAAUCAAAAGGCAAUACUCAGGCAAUAUUACCAGAGGUGACACAUGCAAUUCCUGAACCAGAAAACUUCAUCGAAAUUAUAAGUAAGAAACCCCCGAUAGGAAUUACAGUAUCAGACAGGAAUUUUGUCUGUCGUGAGUGUGGGAAAAGUUUUGAUCAGUCUUCACAUCUUACUACACACCAGAGGAUCCACACAGGAGAAAAGCCAUAUCCAUGCAAUGAAUGUGGGAAACGUUUUAAUAAGCAGUCUAAUCUUAAUGUCCAUUUACGUCUCCAUACUGGAGAGAAACCUUAUGGCUGUCCUGAUUGUGGCCAAAAAUUCAACAUGAAGUCCCAUCUACAAGGACAUUACAGGAUCCAUACAGGUGAGAAGCCAUUUGAGUGUGAAGACUGUGGGAAAAGCUUCCGGGUGAAAUCUUGUCUAACUAGGCAUCAGCAAAUCCAUACAGGAGAAAAGCCAUAUAAAUAUCUCUCCUGAAGAAAAAAAAAAUCAGCUAAUUAAACACCAACUGUUUCACUCUGGGAAGAAAAAUUGCCUGUGCUUUGAAUGUCAGAAUACUUUUUGCAACAGAUCAGAUUUUAUUAAGCAUGAAAGAAUUCACAGAGGAAAAAAUCUGUCUAUGUUGCUGCAAACACUGGAAAUGCACUGAGAAAUAUUUCCAUGCAAUUUUUAUAUGAUUAUUUUCCAGAAAUUCUCGAAUAACUCUUGCAAAUGCUUUUAUGGGGCCAGAGGGGAGCAGUGUGUGUUUGGAAUUUAAAUUUUCUGUCCAUCUUCUAUGAGAACUGCAGGCCUCUGUUGUUUAAAAUGCCUUUUUUCGGAUUGGCCUGAAGAAGGUUAGUAAAAAAGUAGACAUUCCAUGAGAAAGCAUUGAUGCCAUGCUGGCUGGCUUUGAUUUUCCUAGGAACAAGUGGCACUAUCUUCCAGAUAGGUGGUUCUGCACUCCAGGAUAACCCGAAACUAAGUAAUAAUUAUUGCUGUUCUCUAAGAAAGCCUCAUUUGGGACUAUGAGAAACCCUUAGAUUAAUUUUGUAUUUGUUUCCCACUCAUGCAUGGAUAUUUUAUUGAAGCUUAUCUUGAAAUGACAUGAGGCACUUCAGAAAAAAAAAUAUCCUAAAUCCAAUAGCGGUAAGGCAGAAGAAGCAUUUAAGACUUGCCUUUUGUUCUCAGGGGGUUUCAAAAUCAGAUGUAUGAAAUUUGCACAGGUUGGACAAAAUCAAAAACUGACAGAUAGAAAUGUAGCUUCCACUUCAAGAUGCUACUUCAGGAACAUCACUC